UCGCCAUAUUGGGCACCGAAAAGCCUGCUGUUAUUUUCUUCCCUUUUACUACGAGGCGAGGCUGACAGGAGUGCGCACUUCGUCUCGCUUUGACUGCGCUUUGUUUUGAUGGUCUGUGGAGGGGAAUUUCUCUCGGCGUGUGUUUUUUCCUCGCGCUCUCACUCUUGCAGAGCAUGCACGCGCUUGUGGCGAGUACAGCGUGUGUGAGCGUGAGCGUGCGUGUUUUUCUGGAUGCCUGCUGCUGUUGUUGUGCAGCGCGUUGAGCCUGGAGGAAAGCGCCUGUUUUGAGUCGCUGUUUGUAUCGGUUAUUUUGUGGGUUUUUUUUUUUUUUUUUUUCACACGCCAAAAAAUAAAUAAAAAUAAAAGAACGAUGUCUAAUGUGCGUCUCUCGAACGGAAGCCCGACCCUGGAGAGGAUGGACAACCGGCCGCCCGACCAGCCGAAGCCGAGCGCCUGCAGGAGCCUGUUCGGGCCGGUGGAUCACGAAGAGUUAAAGAGGGAGUUAAAGGGACACUUGAUGGCGAUGGAGAAGGCGUCGACCGAGUCGUGGAACUUCGACUUCUCCAACUUCACGCCUCGGCGCGGCCGCUACCUGUGGUCCCCCGUGGACAGCACGGACUUACCGGGCUUCUACAGCUCGACAGGGAAUAAGAGCGUGGAUGUAAACGGGAAUCACGAGCGGCUCGCGGAGCGGAGCGAGACCCAGACCGAAAGGAGAGACCCGCAACAGAACGUCAAGAACAAGAGAAAAAGACCGUCGUCCCUCGAUUCCUCGUGUCAGACUAAACGCUCGCGCACCUGUGUGGAUGAAGUCUCGUGCCGGCCGGGUUUGACCCAGGCGCUCGAUCACACACCCGUGAAGUCGAGCCCCCAGCGGCAGACGUGAGCGAGCCGUGUUGAGAGCUGAAGACUUUCUCUCCCUUCUGACGGCUUCAGUGCUUGGCGAAUUAAGAAUUCGAGGAGAGAGGAACGAUAGGAAAGCAAAAGCAUAUCGGCUGUAAGAGUGGAGAGACUGCACAAGCACUGAAACAAAAACACAAAAGUUCUGGCACUAAAAAAAGCAACUGCCUCAAAAGCAGUGUAUGUAGCAGUGUGCAAUUAGGUUUAAUCUCCUUUUUUGCUCAUUUUUUUUUUCUUACUACCUGUGUAUAUACUUUUUCAUAUGUAGCACAUAAUACAUUUUUUGUUUGAUUUUUUUUGACGAGUAGGUGUGGAUUUGAUUUGACUUGAAGAGUUGCAAUGUAUAGGAUUCAAAAUCUUUCCAAAAUGCUGUUUGUUACUUCUCUCUAUUUUUGAAGGCCAUGUGUCCCAUCUUACUUGUGUUCUCCUGUCACUGAACUCCAUCAUAAUGUACAUGCAUGCUUUAACAGCUGUGUGUACCUAAUAUUAUUCAGGUGAUACAUGGUACAGAAGUUGCCUUGCCUCCCAAAGAUCAGUUUUGAUCCUUGCCUCUCAGUUUGCUCUCUCAAAACGGCACCACAGAAAAAGGUCACAAUGCAUUAUUCUCUGUAAAAAAGUGCAGAGGUUAUCUAAAGUCUGUUAACGAGUAUACGUAAUUUAUCUGUCAGAUUUUGACUUGGACGGCUGACUAAUAUUAUUCAGUUCAGUACACAAGUUCAAAACAAGUAGCAUGAACCAGUAUUAACACCAGGCUAGGCACUUGCUGAGAGACAUAUGCGUCCCUCAUAUAUUGUUAAAUUAUUUUUCUUUAAUAUGUAUCAGGAUUACUUGUAUUUUGAGUGAAAAUUUCUACUGAUUUGUUUAUUUUAUAUUUUCUCAUUCCUUACGUUUCCUUCAGUUCAACACCACCGUUUGUUUUUUCCUCCAUUUGGUGUAAUAUCAGGAAAAUAGCCUCUCUCAGCUAUAUGCACCUACACUCCCAUUUGAUUCUGUGGUUAACUGAUGCAUGAGUAUAUUUAUAGAAAAACAAAUUCAUGUUAAUAUUUCAGCAGUCCACACAGCCUGUGUAUUUGUUUAAACUUUGAAGUGUACCUCUGUACAUAACUGUAAAAACACUGAGAAAAUUAAAACUAACUUAUUUAUGUCAAUUUUAUUUUCUUUUUCUUUUUUUUAAUCUAAAAAAUGGGUUUUGUCAUGGUUAUCCAAAGUGGCAUUUGAGUUAUUUUUUUAAAUGCUUCCUUUUCUUGGUAGGGAUUUUUUUUUUUCCAGAAAAUAAUGUUAACAAAUUGUGUAAGGUUGCAAACUGAGCCUGAUGGAAAAAAAAUAAAGACAAAUUGCAGUAUGUGCAUUUUUUGUACUUUGUUGGAUAAAAGAUGUACUGCAAUCAAUUAAAAUAAUUUAAUUAUUAUA